UUUCUGGGCUUCUUUCCAGCUGGACAUGGACAUGUCCUGUCUACGGGAGCUGGUGUUCCCAGCAGUGAUGAUCCCUGGUGACAUCAUGAUCAUGCCAUUGGAUUACUGGUGGUUGUCCCAGACCAAUUCCCUCCCGCCCGACGUGGUGAGGGGCUGUGUGGAGGAGACCAUUCUCUUGUACUCCUUCCAGCUGAGGGACAGGCAGCGCCCCACGUUCGCCUUUGAGAAUAUUGGCAUCCUGUCCUGCCAGGACAAUGUCCUGUGCAUGCAGUUCCACUGCAGCUGCAUUACAGGACUGGAGAUUCAGGACACCUGGGUGGCUCUGCUGCUCACAAGGCUAAGUAUGCCGGGUUCUGGUGUCAGCAAUGGAGUGACCACUGCUCAGGGGGUGCAGGCUGCACAGGCCCACAUGUUCCCCAGGUUUCAGCUCGCUGUGUCCGAUGCUUUUUCCACCCAACAUACAAAGGCUGCAGAGAAACACAGGGUCAGAACAGAGCUUCCUCCUUUCCCAGGGGAACAAGAGCAUCCUGGAAAGUUUUCCCUCCUUGUGCUACCAUACCGGAGGCCAGGCAUGAGGCAGCAAGAGCCAAGGUCAAAGCCACCUGCCAGUGUGCUCACCCCAUGCCCAGCCAGCUCUCCGAGGAUGAGGGAGGCAGGUGGGCAGGAGUUAGCUCCUUCAGCCAGGCCUGACAUCACACUCUUGGCUUCUGAGAACUGCCAAAGAGCACUGCAGGAGAUCUCGCAGCUGUAUGCAGAAUGGGAGCAUGGGAACUCCCACUGGAGAGAACAGAAGGUGGAAUGGGCAGCAUGGGAAGCCUGGGCUGCUGGGGAGGACCAACAGAUGCCGCAGGUAUUUGGCAUUGGAGGUGCUUGGGCUCCGCACUGUCCAUCCCAGCCCCCAAGAAAGGGGGUCACUGUGAGGCGGGGGAUGGCUAGAACCCCCCUCCCCACAGAGAAAAUGGCAGAGAUAUUCCAGCCUGGAAGCAGACACCUUUCCCCACGAGCCAUCCAGGUGCUCCAUGGGCUGGAGCCACAUCAGACACAGAGGAACAUCUUCAUGUUUUUGGCUGAGAACAACCGGCGGCGGCAGGGGCGGCAGGAGCAGCAGAGGCAGUUCUGCAGCUCUCCUGGGAGCCAGCGGGACCACCCCAAACCUGAGACCUCGAAGGAGCUGAACCGACACGAGAAAGGACAUUUAAAUCCACCAACUUUGGCUGCUGCAAGGAGAAGACCCAUGCCAGAAAUCCAACAGCUGUGAACUCUUUUCUCCUCCCGUCCCCAUAGACAAAGAAGGGUGGUUGCAAUCUUUGCCUUGGCCAUGCAGCAAGAUAUUGUGAAAAAUGUUUUUCUGAUUCGUGUCAACUGGCAAUGGAAUCAGUCGAAAGUGGAUACGUUCCCUGGGAUAACUACAAAGAACGGUUUUGAAACUUUCUGACCGAAUAGCCAAAUAAAGCACCGAACAAGAAAAUAGAAGAAGUAUAGUAGAGUAUAGAGAUGAGGUGGCAAAAA